UUUCUUUUUUCAUGUGCUUUCUGCGAACUCUGGAAUUCUCCUUUGCAUAGCAAAUCCUACAAUUAAUUGGGUUAUGAUAAGCGGACCUGUUUUUCAGCCUGGUGGACAGCAGUAAAGCAACCAAGUAAAAAGCCUAUGAAGUAUCAAGUCUUCACCAGUGCUCUUUAACUUUAACUCCUCCUACCUAUAAAGGCUGCGGGCCUUUAUACCAAAAGAGGAAAUCAAGGUAUUGCAAACUUAAUGACUCUGCUAAGUUCUCAAAGCCAGUUUGAGGCACACAGUACUGGGCUCCAGUUGUGCUGAGCACCGAACUGUGUUUGCCUCAGGAUCUGAUACCCCAUGGGUCACCAGCUCAGUUCUUGUUAGGUGGCAUAAUCUGGUUGCGAUGUAGAGGUGAGUUGACCCAUCUAAUUUUGGUUUGGGUGGGAACACAGAGGCUUGCUCAGAGGAGCCAAGCCAUCUGGGAAUCGGAGCCAUUCUUCCUGGAAUCUGGGACAUCUGGCAAGGAUGCAGGGACCUUGGAAUGCCCCCAAGGAGAUGCAGUGACCCUCCAAAUGCCCCAAGGAGAUGCAGAGACCCUCCAUUGCCUCCACCCCCGGAGGGAUACAGAGACCCUGGAAUGCUCUGCCUGGGAUGCGGGGCAGAAACUCCAUAACCCAACCUAUCCGGCUUCCAGGGCGGGGCAUUGGCACCGGGCCAGUUAGCUCGAGCCGGAGGCUGAGGACGCCGGCCUGCAGUCUCCGCCCGCUGCACGCCCCCGCGGGCGGCUCAGAGUGGGAGCAGCAUGCCGCUCAGAAGGACAUAGCUCCUGCGGGGUUCCAGGAGCCGCCCGGGAGCGCGGCGCCCACCGAGAAGGGCGGGAGCCCAGCUGGUGCCCGCCUGCCCCAAGAGCGGAAGGAAUGUGACCCCCGAGCGCACGCCGGAGCAGCCCUUGCAAGGCUCCCAGGGCUCUGGUUGCUCCCGGCCUGAACGGGUUUAGUUCGGAGCUGCUGGAUUGUUGAGCAUCGCCACUGGGGCACCGGGCACGCCCAGGAGAAUAUGAAAGUGCUAGUGGGGCUCAUUUGUCUCAUUGUGCCUCUGCUGUCGCUGGAGAUUGAUGUAUGUACAGAAUAUUCAAAUCAGAUCGUUUUGUUUUUAUCUGUAAAUGAAAUUGAUAUUCGCAAGUGUCCUCUUACUCCAAAUAAAAUGCACGGCGACACCAUAAUUUGGUACAAGAAUGACAGCAAGACCCCCAUAUCAGCGGACCGGGACUCCAGGAUUCAUCAGCAGGAUGAACAUCUUUGGUUUGUACCUGCCAAGGUGGAGGACUCAGGAUAUUACUAUUGUAUAGUAAGAAACUCAACUUACUGCCUCAAAACUAAAGUAACCGUGACUGUGUUAGAGAAUGACCCUGGCUUGUGUUACAGCACACAGGCCACCUUCCCACAGCGGCUCCACAUUGCAGGGGAUGGAAGUCUUGUGUGCCCUUAUUUGAGUUUUUUUAAAGAUGAAAAUAAUGAGUUACCCGAGGUCCAGUGGUAUAAGAACUGUAAACCUCUGCUUCUUGACAAUGUGAGCUUCUUCGGAGUGAAAGAUAAACUGUUGGUGAGGAAUGUGGCUGAAGAGCACAGAGGGGACUAUAUAUGUCGUAUGUCCUAUACAUUCCGGGGGAAGCAAUAUCCGGUCACACGAGUAAUACAAUUUAUCACAAUAGAUGAAAACAAGAGGGACAGACCUGUUAUCCUGAGCCCGCGGAAUGAGACGAUCGAAGUUGAUCCAGGAUCCACGAUACAACUGAUCUGCAACGUCACAGGCCAGUUCUCAGAUCUUGUCUACUGGAAGUGGAAUGGAUCAGAAAUUGAAUGGAAUGAUCCAUUUCUAGCUGAAGACUAUCAAUAUGUGGAACAUCCUUCAACCAAAAGAAAAUACACACUCAUUACAACACUUAACAUUUCAGAAGUUAAAAGCCAGUUUUAUCGCUCUCCGUUUAUCUGUGUUGUUAAGAACACAAAUAUUUUUGAGUCAGCGCAUGUGCGGUUAAUAUACCCAGUCCCUGACUUCAAGAAUUACCUCAUCGGGGGCUUUAUCAUCCUCACCGCUACAGUUAUAUGCUGUGUGUGUAUCUAUAAAGUCUUCAAGGUUGACAUAGUGCUUUGGUACAGGGACUCCUGCUCUGGUUUUCUUCCCUCAAAAGCUUCAGAUGGAAAGACAUACGAUGCUUAUAUUCUUUAUCCCAAGACCCUGGGAGAGGCGUCCUUCUCAGACUUAGAUACUUUUGUUUUUAAACUGUUGCCUGAGGUCUUGGAGGGACAGUUUGGAUACAAGCUGUUCAUUCAUGGAAGGGACGACUAUGCUGGAGAAGAUACCAUCGAGGUUACUAAUGAAAAUGUAAAGAAAAGCAGGAGGCUGAUUAUCAUUCUAGUGAGAGAUAUGGGAGCCUUCAGCUGGCUGGGCCAGUCAUCUGAAGAGCAAAUAGCUAUAUACAAUGCUCUCAUCCAGGAAGGAAUUAAAAUCGUCCUGCUUGAGUUGGAAAAAAUCCAAGACUAUGAGAAAAUGCCAGAUUCUAUUCAGUUCAUUAAGCAGAAACACGGAGCCAUUAGCUGGUCAGGAGACUUUCAAGAAAGACCACAGUCUGCAAAGACCAGGUUCUGGAAAAACUUAAGAUACCAGAUGCCAGCCCAACGGAGAUCACCAUUGUCUAAACACCACUUACUAACCCUGGAUCUUGUGCGGGACACUAAGGAGAAAUUGCCGGCAACAACACACUUACCACUCGGCUAGCAUGGCAAAAGUGGGCAGGCCAAGAACUUCAGAAUGUCUCCCAUCAUAAGAGGCUGCAGUUGGGCUGUGCCUCCCAGUAAAACAGUCAUGAACCAAACCUGUGCAGUCCCUUGUCCCAGAUCACCUGGAACUGGAUUGUGAAGAGAACAGGACUUGGUGGCCAGGGCCGCUCAGAGAGCCAUGGUUGCUCAGGGAUGCUGCUCUGGGAUGCUUGACUAACAGUCGAGGCAGUGAACUGGGCGUAGGAGGCGUCAGGAAAUGGCCACAUGUGUGGAUGGUUUAAUUAGAUUCUGUGGAGUCUCACAGUGGAAUUGUGGUUGUCUGAGGACACUUUGGAGGUCGCUGUCAAAGAAGUGGCUCCCCAAAGUAUAAGUGCGGGUGGGGUUUACUGAUACCCCACAGUGAAAGGCAUUUCUUCCAGAUAUUUUCCAGAUACCUUGGCCGCCAAACUUCGUUUUCAAAGACUGCAUUUUAUUGUGUAGACCUUGAAAACCACGGUUUCAGUGAAGAAGGAUUCUGUGGGGUUCACUCUUCUGCAGUCACUUUAGCUUUCUGCAGAGGUCUAGAUUUUAAAUUAACUGUAGAAGGAAGUCAGACACCCACAGGUUUCUUCUAAUCAAGCUUCCACCCUAAAAUGGCUGUCGCGCCAUCUUCCUUCUGUGUUUUACUCGGCUCAUUGCUUCUCUGGAAACAAAUGCAAUGCUUCCUACCUCGGUCCUGUCACAGGCAGUCUGAGGACUCACCUUCACACGUGAGACUUCGCUCUUACCCCAGCCCCCACCGCUGGAGGGGUUUCAAUCCCCCACCCUGGAGCUCUUCUGCGCAGAAUCUGAAGUCUACACUCCUCCCCAUCUUUGAGUCCUAGUGCCGCUGUUCAACUUCCUGCUGGGUGAUUGCCGAACAACCUCUGAGACCUCCGUACCUGCUCUUGGAAUGUCUCUGUCUUUGCCCUGCCACCCACUUCCCGAGCCUAUGAUUUGCUCUUGCAUUUCCUCCACCUGACGAGGAGAGGAGCUUGCUAAAGUUUCAAGUUUAUUUCAACGCUAAGAUCCCAACCUUCCAACCUCUGCCUACUCUCAGACUUGGCCAGCCCUCUUGCCUGUCAUCCCAACCCUGCUGCUUCUCUGUAAAAGGUUGUUUCUUUACUAGCAGCAAUCAGUCUGCAGGGAGGGGGAGUGGGUGUAUCUCACUGCCUUCCGUAUUGGGAACAGAUGGUAUAGAUUUGCCUAGGCCUUUAUUUUAAAGGGUCUUGGAUAAUCGUAUUUAAAUUUGCAAUUAUUCUAAUUUGAUAUAGAGAGAAACUGACCUAUUUAACAAAAGGACUCUCUUAACGCUACUGGACCCAGGCCUUGAACUUUCUGGUUUCUGUCCCUGUGCUCUGACUUUUUGAUUUCAGGUCUAGCCCUGUGCACUUACCUCAGUACUCAGUACUUACUCAGUACUAACUCAGUACUUGUGGGAGGACACCCGACCCGGGUGUUCUUUGAGAAGCAGCUGAGUGAGGCAUGUUUUGACAGGAGGAACCCAGUCCUUUUCGCUGUUGGGAUUUAUAGCACCUACCUUCAGAUUUUUCAGUAUGAUGUUUCUAUUUUCCAACACUGGUUCCCUAACGGUCAACAUUUCUUCUCCCAACUAAAAAUGUAAGAAGAAAAACUUUUCUUUUCUUUUUCUUUUCUUUUCUUUUCUUUUCUUUUCUUUUCUUUUCUUU